CCACCACCUCCGACCUUCGCCGCCGCCGCCGAGGCAUCACGUCCAGCCUCGCUUCCACCUGCACCUGCACACACACUCUCUCCCACUCCACUUUCAUCCGCUUGCUCCACUCUCGGCUGUGUGCCCACCAUGGAGGAGCUCUCCUCCAACUCUUCCGACUACGCCGCCAACAGCUGGGUCACCUGGUUUCUCGGCACAAAGGGCAACGAGUACUUCUGCGAGGUCGACGAAGACUACAUCCUCGAUCGCUUCAACCUCACGGGGCUCAACACCGAGGUGCAGCACUACCCCGCCGCGCUCGAUCUGGUCACCGAUGCGCUGGAGGACGAGCUAGAUGACUCGUCGCGCGAUGCCGUCGAGAACCAGGCGCGGCUGCUGUACGGUCUGGUGCAUGCCCGCUACAUCAUCACCAGUCGCGGGCUCGCCAAGAUGCUGGAGAAGUACAAGCGCGCCGACUUUGGGCGCUGUCCGCGCGUGCUGUGCUACCAGCAGGCGUUGCUGCCCGUCGGCCUCUCCGACGUGCCCUUCCAAAAGGCCGUCAAGCUCUUCUGUCCGCGCUGCGAGGACAUCUACUCGCCAAAGUCCAGCCGGCACGGCACGAUUGACGGCGCCUUCUUUGGCAGUACGUUUCCGCAUAUGCUCUUCAUGGUCUACCCGCACAUGCUGCCUUCCAAAUCGCCCACCUCUCCCUCUCCCUUUCUUCUCUCCUCCACCUCUGCCUCUGCGGGAGCGGGAGGGGUGGGAGCAUCCGACGAGGCGCCGUCGGCCGCCGGCGCCGGGCCUGCGGGCGCGCCGGGCGGAGGGAGCACGUCGAGCGCCGCGUCGAAAGUGGAGCGCUACCGGCCGCGCAUCUUUGGCUUCCCCACGCACGAGACGGCCAAGCUGCAUCGCUGGCAGGAGGCACAGCGCGACGCCCAGAUCGAGCGCCUCGAACGCGCAGAGGCAAGAAGUGCACUCGCCUCCGCGGCGCCCGGAGCGGGCGUCGGCGCCGGAGCGCCCGCUGUGCCCGUGGGAUUGGCGGCGCUUGACUAAAGAGCCCGAGUAGCCCCCCCCGUCCUCUGCCAACGACCCCCACCCACUCCCCCUCACGCGCUCCCUCCUUGUAAUCUCGACUCAUCUGUCCCUCCAUCGUUACCCAUGCAAUCGAACGCGCCCCCUCUGCCACGGGCUUUGACGCUGACGCAUCGCUUCGCGCACGCUCGCCGCUCUCGGCGCCUUUACGCUACUCUGCGGCUCC